UAUAUAUAUAUCUCAACACUGCGGUAGUAUAAUAGCUGGUACUCAUCCCGCAUCAACUUCUAUAAACUUCGGAGGACUUAGUCUAGAGAAGGAAAUUUAACCCAAAGAUGCACAAGGUUUCAGCUAGCAGUGUCAUGCCUCAUACAAUUUUGUUGCAGCCUAGAAGGGCCAGAUUCUUAUGCAGUUUGAAAACCCUAGAGGAGGGAAAUAGACCAAUUGUCAGUCGUCGUUGUACAAAGGUAGCCCGGAAUAUAAACAUGGAGAAGCUGCAAAACAACUAUUUGUUCCCUGAGAUUUCAAUACAUGAGGAUGAACACAUUAAGAAAUAUCCAAAUGCAAAAGUUAUAAGCCUUGGAAUUGGAAAUACCACACAGCCUAUACCGGACGUUAUAACUCUAAGCAUGGCUGAUUUCACACGUGCCCUUUCGACACCUGAAGGAUACAAAGGAUAUGGAGCUGAGCAAGGAAACAAGACACUAAGAAAAGCAAUUGCGGAAACAUUUUACGGAGAGUUAGCAGUAAAAGAAACAGAAGUUUUUAUAUCAGAUGGUUCACAGUGUGAUAUUUCUCGCCUUCAGCUGCUUCUAGGCUCCAAUGUGUCAAUUGCAGUACAGGACCCAUCCUUUCCGGGUUAUAUAGAUUCAGGUGUCAUAGUUGGUCAAGCUGGUGAUUUCCAAGAUGCAACUGGUAAAUAUUGGAACAUUGAGUAUAUGAAAUGUGGGCCUCAGAAUGAUUUCUUUCCUGUCUUAUCAAAGAUUCAAAGAACAGAUAUUAUUUUCUUCUGCUCUCCAAAUAACCCAACUGGCCAUGCAGCCUCUAGGAAACAAUUAGAACAACUUGUGGAAUUCGCCAUGAAAAAUGGAUCAAUUAUUGUAUAUGACUCUGCAUAUGCUAGUUACAUCACUGAUCAAAGUCCUAGAUCGAUAUAUGAAAUUCCUGGCGCCAAAAAGGUAGCAAUUGAAAUCUCAUCAUUCUCUAAAAUGGCUGGAUUCACCGGAGUCCGUCUCGGUUGGACUGUGGUGCCUGAGGAGCUAUUGUUUUCAAAUGGGUUCCCCAUUAUAAAUGACUUCAAUCGCAUCGUGUGCACCUGCUUCAAUGGUGCUUCCAACAUAUCUCAGGCUGGUGGGCUUGCAUGCCUUUCCCCAGAAGGUUUCAAGGCCAUGCUCUCUAUGGUCGACUACUACAAAGAGAAUGCAAAGAUAUUGAUGGACACAUUUGGUUCCCUAGGAUUACAAGUAUAUGGGGGUGUAAAUGCGCCGUACGUUUGGGUACAUUUUCCAGGUUCAAGAUCAUGGGAUGUGUUCAAUGAAAUCCUUGAAAAAACACACAUAAUCACAGUUCCGGGGUGUGGGUUUGGCCCUGGCGGCGAAGAGUAUAUAAGAGUUGCUGCAUUUGGUCACAGAGAAUGUAUCCUGGAAGCCUCAAUGAGGCUGAAAAGCCUUUUCUCAUAGACAAAUGUUUCAUUUUCCAGUUUCCUGUGACACCUGCAACUAUGUACUAAAUAAAAUCAUGAAGCAAGGUUUGUAAUAGGAACCCAAUUUUUAAAUUUUCACUUGUAUAAUUAAAGUAUCAUCAUCAUGCAAUAAAGAUUAAUUAGGUCACAUAAAUUUCAUGUGAAGCUA